CUGAAAUUCAUUGAACUUUAUUUUUCCAUCUUAGAAGGACACAAGAAAGCCAUCAGCCAUGGGUGAUGGGGAGAUGGCUGUGUUUGGGGAUGCUGCCCAAUACCUCCGAAAGUCAGAUAAGGAGAGGAUUGCAGAUCAGACCCGCCCCUUUGAAGCCAAAACAAAUGUCUUUGUGAUUGACCCCAAGCAAAUGUACGUCAAAGGCGUUGUCACCGCCAGAGAAGGUGGAAAGGUCACCGUAAAGAAAGAAGACAUGUCCAGUGCAACAGUGAAGGAAGAUGAAAUUUUCCCCAUGAACCCUCCAAAGUACGACAAGAUUGAAGACAUGGCCAUGAUGACCCACUUGAACGAACCAUCUGUCCUGUUUAACCUCAAAGAGCGUUAUGCAGCCUGGAUGAUCUACACCUACUCUGGCCUUUUCUGCGCCACAGUCAACCCCUACAAGUGGCUGCCAGUGUAUGACCCCAAGGUGGUUGCUGGCUACAGAGGAAAGAAGCGUCAGGAGGCCCCACCACACAUCUUCUCCAUCUCUGAUAACGCCUAUCAGGCCAUGUUGACUGAUCGUGAAAACCAGUCUGUUCUGAUUACUGGAGAAUCUGGUGCCGGAAAGACUGUCAACACGAAACGUGUAAUCCAGUACUUUGCAACAAUUGCAGCUAUUGGUGAGAAAAAGAAGGACGAGCCACAACAAACUGGAAAAAUCCAGGGAAAUCUGGAGGAUCAAAUCAUCCAGGCCAACCCACUGCUGGAGGCCUUUGGUAAUGCUAAGACUGUGAGGAAUGACAACUCUUCCCGUUUUGGUAAAUUCAUCAGAAUCCACUUUGGGACCACAGGAAAACUGUCCUCUGCUGAUAUUGAGACAUAUCUACUGGAAAAAUCCAGAGUAACAUUCCAGUUGUCUGCUGAGAGGAGCUACCACAUUUUCUACCAGAUCAUGUCCAACAAGAGGCCAGAACUGAUCGACAUGCUUCUGAUUACCACCAACCCCUAUGACUUCCACUUUGUCAGCCAAGGUGAGAUCACCGUGGCCAGCAUAGACGAUCAAGAAGAAUUAAUGGCCACCGAUAGUGCCAUUGACAUCCUGGGCUUCAACUCAGACGAGAAGAACGGUAUUUACAAAAUGACCGGCGCUGUGAUGCACUACGGUAACAUGAAGUUCAAGCAGAAGCAAAGAGAGGAGCAGGCUGAGCCCGACGGCACAGAAGGUGAGAAAUUUGAAUAUUACUAUUCUUCAGAGGCUGACAAAAUUGCCUAUCUAAUGGGCCUCAACUCAGCUGAUCUCCUGAAAGCUCUGUGCUACCCCAGGGUCAAAGUCGGAAAUGAAUUUGUCACCAAAGGCCAAACUGUCCAGCAGGUAUACAACAAUGUCGGUGCCCUGGCCAAGUCUGUCUUUGAGAAGAUGUUCUUGUGGAUGGUCAUUCGUAUCAACCAGCAGCUGGACACCAAACAAGCAAGGCAGCACUAUAUUGGCGUCUUGGAUAUUGCCGGCUUUGAGAUCUUUGAUUACAACAGCUUGGAGCAGCUUUGUAUCAACUUCACCAAUGAGAAACUGCAACAGUUCUUUAACCACCACAUGUUUGUGCUGGAACAAGAAGAGUACAAGAAGGAAGGCAUUGACUGGGAGUUCAUUGACUUUGGCAUGGACUUGGCUGCCUGCAUUGAGCUUAUUGAAAAGCCUAUGGGUAUCUUCUCCAUCCUUGAAGAGGAGUGCAUGUUCCCCAAGGCAACAGACACUUCCUUCACCAACAAGCUGUAUGACCAACAUUUGGGCAAGUCCAACAACUUCCAAAAACCCAAACCUGGCAAAGGCAAAGCUGACGCUCACUUCUCCCUGGUCCACUAUGCUGGAACUGUGGAUUACAACAUCAGUGGCUGGCUGGACAAGAAUAAGGAUCCAUUGAAUGAUAGUGUCAUUCAGCUUUACCAGAAGUCUUCAGUAAAACUCUUAUCCUUCCUGUAUACUGGCCAUAAUGUUGAAUCAGACAGUGGAAAGAAGGGUGGCAAGAAGAAGGGUUCCUCUUUCCAGACUGUGUCUGCUCUUUUCAGGGAGAAUUUGAACAAAUUGAUGUCAAACUUGAGGAGCACUCACCCUCACUUUGUGCGCUGCUUGAUCCCCAAUGAAACCAAGACCCCAGGUGUUAUGGAUCAUUAUUUGGUCAUGCACCAGCUCAGGUGUAACGGUGUGCUGGAGGGCAUCAGGAUCUGCAGGAAAGGCUUCCCCAGCAGAAUCAUCUACGGUGACUUCAAACAACGUUACAAGGUCCUGAAUGCAAGUGCCAUCCCAGACGGCCAGUUUAUUGACAGCAAAAAGGCUUCUGAGAAGCUUCUUGGAUCCAUUGAUGUUGACCAUACACAGUACAAAUUUGGACACACUAAGGUGUUCUUUAAAGCUGGUCUGCUGGGUACUCUUGAGGAGAUGCGAGAUGAUAAGUUGGCACAACUGAUUACUGCUACUCAGGCCAUUUGCAGAGGAUAUCUCAUGAGGGUCGAGUUCAGGAGGAUGAUGGAGAGGAGAGAGUCCAUCUUCUCCAUCCAGUACAAUGUCCGCUCCUUCAUGAAUGUCAAGCAUUGGCCAUGGAUGAAACUCUACUUCAAGAUCAAGCCUUUGCUGAAGAGCGCUGAAUCUGAGAAGGAAAUGGCCAACAUGAAGGAAGAGUUUGAGAAGACAAAGGAGGCUCUGAUUAAGUCAGAGGCAAAAAAGAAGGAGCUUGAAGAGAAAAUGGUAGCCAUCAUGCAAGAGAAGAAUGACCUGCAGCUCCAAGUUGCAUCUGAAUGUGAGGGCCUAGCAGAUGCAGAGGAAAGGUGUGAGGGUCUCAUCAAAGCCAAGAUUCAACUGGAGGCCAAAAUCAAGGAGGCCAAUGAGAGGCUAGAAGAUGAAGAAGAAUCAAAUGCAGAGCUGACUGCCAAAAAGAGGAAACUUGAAGAUGAGUGUUCUGAGCUGAAAAAGGACAUUGAUGAUCUUGAGCUGACUUUGGCCAAAGUAGAGAAAGAGAAGCAUGCUACAGAAAACAAGGUUAAGAACCUCACUGAAGAAAUGGCUGUUCUUGAUGAAAACAUUGCCAAACUUUCUAAAGAAAAGAAAGCCCUUCAAGAAGCCCAUCAACAAACUCUGGAUGAUCUUCAAGCAGAAGAGGACAAGGUCAACACUCUGACCAAGGCCAAGACCAAGCUGGAGCAGCAAGUAGACGAUCUGGAGGGAUCUCUUGAACAAGAGAAGAAGCUCCGCAUGGACAUGGAGAGAGCAAAGAGGAAGCUGGAGGGUGAUCUGAAGUUGUCUCAGGAAUCAACAUUGGACCUGGAAAAUGACAGGCAACAGCUGGAUGAAAAAGUUAAAAAGAAGGAAUUUGAAAUUAGCCAGCUUCAAAGUAAAAUUGAAGAUGAGCAGGCCUUGGGUGCACAAUUGCAGAAAAAAAUCAAAGAGCUUCAGGCCCGCAUUGAGGAACUUGAAGAAGAAAUAGAGGCAGAGAGAGCAGCUCGUGCCAAGGCUGAGAAACAACGCUCAGACCUUUCCAGAGAGCUUGAAGAGAUCAGCGAGCGUCUGGAGGAAGCUGGAGGGGCAACAUCUGCUCAGAUUGAAAUGAACAAGAAACGUGAAGCAGAAUUCCAGAAAAUGAGACGAGACCUGGAGGAGGCCACCUUGCAGCAUGAAGCCACCGCUUCAGCAUUUAGGAAGAAGCACGCUGAUAGUGUAGCUGAACUUGGAGAACAAAUAGACAACCUUCAAAGAGUCAAGCAGAAAUUGGAAAAGGAGAAGAGUGAGCUGAAGAUGGAGAUUGAUGACCUUGCCAGCAACAUGGAUACUGUCUCUAAGUCUAAGGCCAACUUAGAGAAGAUGUGCAGAACUCUUGAGGACCAAUACAGUGAAACUAAAACCAAAGAAGAGGAGCAUCAGAGAGUAAUUAAUGACUUGAAUGCUCAAAGAGCACGUCUUCAUACAGAAAAUGGUGAAUUUGGCCGUCAACUAGAGGAAAAAGAAGCUCUUGUCUCUCAACUCUCUAGAGGAAAACAAGCCUUCACCCAACAAACGGAGGAGCUGAAGAGGCAGCUUGAGGAGGAGACCAAGGCCAAGAAUGCACUCGCUCAUGCACUCCAGUCUGCCCGCCACGACUGUGACCUUCUCAGGGAGCAAUAUGAAGAGGAACAGGAAGCCAAGGGUGAACUUCAGCGUUCACUUUCCAAAGCCAACAGUGAGGUUUCUACAUGGAGGACAAAAUAUGAGACAGAUGCCAUCCAGCGCACAGAGGAACUGGAAGAGGCCAAGAAGAAGCUGGCCCAGCGUCUGCAGGAGGCUGAGGAACAAAUUGAGGCUGUCAACUCUAAAUGUGCUUCUCUGGAAAAGACCAAACAGAGACUACAAUGUGAAGUAGAGGAUCUCAUGGUUGAUGUAGAACGUUCCAACUCAGCAUGUAACGCUCUGGAUAAGAAGCAAAGGAACUUUGACAAGGUCCUGUCUGAAUGGAAGCAGAAGUUUGAGGAGGCCCAGGCUGAACUUGAAGCUUCUCAAAAGGAAGCUAGAGGUCUCAGCACAGAAGUUUUCAAGAUGAAGAACUCCUAUGAGGAAGCACUCGACCAGCUUGAGACACUGAAGAGGGAAAACAAGAACCUCCAACAGGAGAUCUCAGAUCUGACAGAGCAAGUUGCCGAGUCUGGAAAGAGCAUCCAUGAGAUUGAGAAAGCCAAGAAACAGGUUGAGCAGGAAAAAUCUGACCUGCAAUCAGCACUGGAAGAAGCUGAGGGAUCUCUGGAACAUGAAGAGGCCAAGAUCCUUCGUGUACAGCUUGAAUUGAACCAGGUGAAGUCUGAGGUUGACAGAAAGGUGGCUGAAAAGGAUGAAGAGAUUGAACAGAUCAAGAGAAAUAGCACAAGGGCACUGGAGUCCAUGCAGACUUCCCUAGAUUCUGAGGUCAGAAGCAGGAAUGAUGCGCUGAGAAUUAAGAAGAAGAUGGAGGGAGAUCUCAAUGAGAUGGAGAUCCAACUGAGCCAUGCCAACCGACAGGCAGCUGAGGCCCAGAAACAGCUCAGGAACAUCCAGGGACAAUUCAAGGAUGCCCAACUGCAUCUUGAUGAUGCUAUUAGAGGAAAUGAUGACCUUAAGGAACAGCUGGCUAUUGUGGAGAGGAGAAACAAUCUCAUGCAAGCAGAAGUUGAAGAGAUGAGGUCUGCCCUGGAACAGACAGAGCGUGGUCGCAAAGUGGCUGAGCAAGAGCUGCUCGAUGUCACCGAACGUGUCCAACUUCUACAUACACAGAACACCAGUCUGAUCAACACUAAGAAGAAGCUUGAAGCUGAUGUUUCUCAGUUCCAAAGUGAAAUGGAUGAAGCUAUCCAAGAAUGCAGAAAUGCAGAUGACAAAGCUAAGAAGGCAAUCACAGAUGCAGCCAUGAUGGCUGAAGAGCUGAAGAAGGAGCAGGACACCAGCGCUCACCUCGAGAGGAUGAAGAAGAACCUUGAACAGACUGUGAAGGAUCUUCAACAUCGCCUGGAUGAGGCCGAGCAACUGGCAAUGAAAGGUGGCAAGAAGCAAUUGCAGAAACUGGAGAGCAGGGUGCGUGAACUUGAAAAUGAGCUUGAAGCUGAACAAAAACGAGGCUCUGAUGCCAUCAAGGGUGUACGCAAGUAUGAGAGGAGAGUCAAGGAACUGUCUUACCAGACUGAGGAGGACAAGAAGAAUGUGUUCAGGCUUCAGGACCUGGUAGACAAACUGCAGCUGAAGGUCAAAGCCUACAAGAGACAGGCUGAGGAAUCUGAGGAACAAGCCAAUACACAUAUGUCCAGGUUCAGGAAGACCCAGCAUGAGCUGGAAGAGGCUGAAGAGCGCGCUGACAUUGCUGAGUCCCAGGUCAACAAACUGAGAGUCAAGAGCCGGGAAAUUGGCAAGGCAAGUAGAGUUGUCUUACAGAAGGCAGAAGAAUGUUUUGAUGCCAAGUUUGGAACGCAGUUCUUCGUCUUCGCCUGGAACCUGGAUGCCUUUACAGAUCCAUCAGCAGGAUUCCUUACUGACUAUCUGAUGACCUGUUUGACCCUUGGAAAAUUGUUGAAGGGAAUGGUGGGGGACAGAUCUCCAGAUUCUGAGACGGAGAAUGAUCUCCCUGCAAGAAAGCCAUCAGCCAUGGGUGAUGGGGAGAUGGCUGUGUUUGGGGAGGCUGCCCAAUACCUCCGAAAGUCAGAUAAGGAGAGGAUUGCGGAUCAGACCCGUCCCUUUGAUGCCAAAACAAAUGUCUUUGUGAUUGACCCCAAGCAAAUGUACGUCAAAGGCGUUGUCACCGGCAGAGAAGCUGGAAAGGUCACCGUAAAGAAAGAAGACAUGUCCAGUGCAACAGUGAAGGAAGAUGAAAUUUUCCCCAUGAACCCUCCAAAGUACGACAAGAUUGAAGACAUGGCCAUGAUGACCCACUUGAACGAACCAUCUGUCCUGUUUAACCUCAAAGAGCGUUAUGCAGCCUGGAUGAUCUACACCUACUCUGGCCUUUUCUGCGCCACAGUCAACCCCUACAAGUGGCUGCCAGUGUAUGACCCCAAGGUGGUUGCUGGCUACAGAGGAAAGAAGCGUCAGGAGGCCCCACCACACAUCUUCUCCAUCUCUGAUAACGCCUAUCAGGCCAUGUUGACUGAUCGUGAAAACCAGUCUGUUCUGAUUACUGGAGAAUCUGGUGCCGGAAAGACUGUCAACACGAAACGUGUAAUCCAGUACUUUGCAACAAUUGCAGCUAUUGGUGACAAAAAGAAGGAAGAGCCACAACAAACUGGAAAAAUCCAGGGGAAUCUGGAGGAUCAAAUCAUCCAGGCUAACCCGCUGCUGGAGGCCUUUGGUAAUGCUAAGACUGUGAGGAAUGACAACUCUUCCCGUUUUGGUAAAUUCAUCAGAAUCCACUUUGGGACCACAGGAAAACUGUCCUCUGCUGAUAUUGAGACAUAUCUACUGGAAAAAUCCAGAGUAACAUUCCAGUUGUCUGCUGAGAGGAGUUACCACAUUUUCUACCAGAUCAUGUCCAACAAGAAGCCAGAACUGAUUGACAUGCUUCUGAUUACCACCAACCCCUAUGACUUCACCUUUGUCAGCCAAGGUGAGAUCACCGUGGCCAGUAUCGAUGAUCAAGAAGAAUUAAUGGCCACCGAUAGUGCCAUUGACAUCCUGGGCUUCAACGCAGACGAGAAGAUUGGUAUUUACAAAAUGACCGGCGCUGUGAUGCACUACGGUAACAUGAAGUUCAAGCAGAAGCAAAGAGAGGAGCAGGCUGAGCCCGACGGCACAGAAGAGGCUGACAAGAUUGCCUAUCUAAUGGGCCUCAACUCAGCUGAUCUCCUGAAAGCUCUGUGCUACCCCAGGGUCAAAGUCGGAAAUGAAUUUGUCACCAAAGGUCAAACUGUCCAGCAGGUAUACAACAAUGUCGGUGCCCUGGCCAAGUCUGUCUUUGAGAAGAUGUUCUUGUGGAUGGUCAUUCGUAUCAACCAGCAGCUGGACACCAAACAAGCAAGGCAGCACUAUAUUGGCGUCUUGGAUAUUGCCGGCUUUGAGAUCUUUGAUUACAACAGCUUGGAGCAGCUUUGUAUCAACUUCACCAAUGAGAAACUGCAACAGUUCUUUAACCACCACAUGUUUGUGCUGGAACAAGAAGAGUACAAGAAGGAAGGCAUUGACUGGGAGUUCAUUGACUUUGGCAUGGACUUGGCUGCCUGCAUUGAGCUUAUUGAAAAGCCUAUGGGUAUCUUCUCCAUCCUGGAAGAGGAGUGCAUGUUCCCCAAGGCAACAGACACUUCCUUCACCAACAAGCUGUAUGACCAACAUUUGGGCAAGUCCAACAACUUCCAAAAACCCAAACCUGGCAAAGGCAAAGCUGACGCUCACUUCUCCCUGGUCCACUAUGCUGGAACUGUGGAUUACAACAUCAGUGGCUGGCUGGACAAGAAUAAGGAUCCAUUGAAUGAGAGUGUCAUUCAGCUUUACCAGAAGUCUUCAGUAAAACUCUUAUCCUUCCUGUAUACUGGCCAUAAUGUUGAAUCAGACUCCGGUGGAAAGAAGGGUGGCAAGAAGAAGGGUUCCUCUUUCCAGACUGUGUCUGCUCUUUUCAGGGAGAAUUUGAACAAAUUGAUGUCAAACUUGAGGAGCACUCACCCUCACUUUGUGCGCUGCUUGAUCCCCAAUGAAACCAAGACCCCAGGUAUUAUGGAUCAUUAUUUGGUCAUGCACCAGCUCAGGUGUAACGGUGUGCUGGAGGGCAUCAGGAUCUGCAGGAAAGGCUUCCCUAGCAGAAUCAUCUAUGGUGACUUCAAACAACGUUACAAGGUCCUGAAUGCAAGUGCCAUCCCAGACGGCCAGUUUAUUGACAGCAAAAAGGCUUCUGAGAAGCUUCUUGGAUCCAUUGAUGUUGACCACACACAGUACAAAUUUGGACACACUAAGGUGUUCUUUAAAGCUGGUCUGCUGGGUGUCCUUGAGGAGAUGCGAGAUGAUAAGUUGGCACAACUGAUUACUGCUACUCAGGCCAUUUGCAGAGGAUAUCUCAUGAGGGUCGAGUUCAAGAGAAUGAUGGAGAGGAGAGAGUCCAUCUUCUCCAUCCAGUACAAUGUCCGCUCCUUCAUGAAUGUCAAGCAUUGGCCAUGGAUGAAACUCUACUUCAAGAUCAAGCCUUUGCUGAAGAGCGCUGAAUCUGAGAAGGAAAUGGCCAACAUGAAGGAAGAGUUUGAGAAGACAAAGGAGGCUCUGAUCAAGUCAGAGGCAAAAAAGAAGGAGCUUGAAGAGAAAAUGGUAGCCAUCAUGCAAGAGAAGAAUGACCUGCAGCUCCAAGUUGCAUCUGAAUGUGAGGGCUUAGCAGAUGCAGAGGAAAGGUGUGAGGGUCUCAUCAAAGCCAAGAUUCAACUGGAGGCCAAAAUCAAGGAGGCCAAUGAGAGGCUAGAAGAUGAAGAAGAAUCAAAUGCAGAGCUGACUGCCAAAAAGAGGAAACUUGAAGAUGAGUGUUCUGAGCUGAAAAAGGACAUUGAUGAUCUUGAGCUGACUUUGGCCAAAGUAGAGAAAGAGAAGCAUGCUACAGAAAACAAGGUUAAGAACCUCACUGAAGAAAUGGCUGUUCUUGAUGAGAACAUUGCCAAACUUUCUAAAGAAAAGAAAGCCCUUCAAGAAGCCCAUCAACAAACUCUGGAUGAUCUGCAAGCAGAAGAGGACAAGGUCAACACUCUGACCAAGGCCAAGACCAAGCUGGAGCAGCAAGUAGACGAUCUGGAGGGAUCUCUUGAACAAGAGAAGAAGCUCCGCAUGGACAUGGAGAGAGCAAAGAGGAAGCUGGAGGGUGAUCUGAAGUUGUCUCAGGAAUCAACAAUGGACCUGGAAAAUGACAGGCAACAGCUGGAUGAAAAAGUUAAAAAGAAGGAAUUUGAAAUUAGCCAGCUUCAAAGUAAAAUUGAAGAUGAGCAGGCCUUGGGUGCACAAUUGCAGAAAAAAAUCAAAGAGCUUCAGGCCCGCAUUGAGGAACUUGAGGAGGAAAUAGAGGCAGAGAGAGCAGCUCGUGCCAAGGCUGAGAAACAACGCUCAGACCUUUCCAGAGAGCUUGAAGAGAUCAGCGAGCGUCUGGAGGAAGCUGGUGGGGCAACAUCUGCUCAGAUUGAAAUGAACAAGAAACGUGAAGCAGAAUUCCAGAAAAUGAGACGAGACCUGGAGGAGGCCACCUUGCAGCAUGAAGCCACCGCUUCAGCACUUAGGAAGAAGCACGCUGAUAGUGUAGCUGAACUUGGAGAACAAAUAGACAACCUUCAAAGAGUAAAACAGAAAUUGGAAAAGGAGAAGAGUGAGCUGAAGAUGGAGAUUGAUGACCUUGCCAGCAACAUGGAUACUGUCUCUAAGUCCAAGGCCAACUUAGAGAAGAUGUGCAGAACUCUUGAGGACCAAUACAGUGAAACUAAAACCAAAGAAGAUGAGCAUCAGAGAAUAAUUAAUGACCUGAAUGCUCAAAAAGCACGUCUUCAUACAGAAAAUGGUGAAUUUGGCCGUCAGCUGGAGGAAAAAGAAUCUCUGGUCUCUCAACUCUCUAGAGGAAAACAAGCCUUCACCCAACAAACCGAGGAGCUGAAGAGGCAGCUUGAGGAGGAGACCAAGGCCAAGAAUGCCCUCGCUCAUGCACUUCAGUCUGCCCGCCACGACUGUGACCUUCUCAGAGAGCAAUUUGAAGAGGAACAGGAAGCCAAGGGUGAACUUCAGCGUUCACUCUCCAAAGCCAACAGUGAGGUUUCUACAUGGAGGACAAAAUAUGAGACAGAUGCCAUCCAGCGCACAGAGGAACUAGAAGAGGCCAAGAAGAAGCUGGCCCAGCGUCUGCAGGAGGCUGAAGAACAAAUUGAGGCUGUCAACUCUAAAUGUGCUUCUCUGGAAAAGACCAAACAGAGACUACAAUGUGAAGUAGAGGAUCUCAUGGUGGACGUAGAACGUUCCAACUCAGCAUGUGCCGCUCUGGAUAAGAAGCAAAGGAACUUUGACAAGGUCCUGUCUGAAUGGAAGCAGAAGUUUGAGGAGGCCCAGGCUGAACUUGAAGCUGCUCAAAAGGAAUCUAGAGGUCUCAGCACAGAAGUUUUCAAGAUGAAGAACUCCUAUGAGGAAGCACUCGACCAGCUUGAGACACUGAAGAGGGAAAACAAGAACCUCCAACAGGAGAUCUCAGACCUGACAGAGCAAGUUGCCGAGUCUGGAAAGAGCAUCCAUGAGAUUGAGAAAGCCAAGAAACAGAUUGAGCAGGAAAAAUCUGACCUGCAAUCAGCACUGGAAGAAGCUGAGGGAUCUCUGGAACAUGAAGAGGCCAAGAUCCUUCGUGUACAGCUUGAAUUGAACCAAGUGAAGUCUGAGGUUGACAGAAAGGUGGCUGAAAAGGAUGAAGAGAUUGAACAGCUCAAGAGAAAUAGCCAGAGGGCCCUGGAGUCCAUGCAGACUUCCCUAGAUUCUGAGGUCAGGAGCAGGAAUGAUGCACUGAGACUUAAGAAGAAGAUGGAGGGAGAUCUCAAUGAGAUGGAGAUCCAACUAAGCCAUGCCAACCGACAGGCAGCUGAGGCCCAGAAACAGCUCAGGAACGUCCAGGGACAACUCAAGGAUGCCCAACUGCAUCUUGAUGAUGCUAUUAGAGGAAAUGAUGACCUUAAGGAACAGCUGGCUAUUGUGGAGAGGAGAAACAAUCUCAUGCAAGCAGAAAUUGAAGAGAUGAGGUCUGCCCUGGAACAGACAGAGCGUGGUCGCAAAGUGGCUGAGCAAGAGCUGCUCGAUGUCACUGAACGUGUCCAACUUCUACAUACACAGAACACCAGUCUGAUCAACACUAAGAAGAAGCUUGAAGCUGAUGUUUCUCAGUUCCAAAGUGAAGUGGAUGAAGCUAUCCAAGAAUGCAGAAAUGCAGAUGACAAAGCUAAGAAGGCAAUCACAGAUGCAGCCAUGAUGGCUGAAGAGCUGAAGAAGGAGCAGGACACCAGCGCUCACCUCGAGAGGAUGAAGAAGAACCUUGAACAGACUGUGAAGGAUCUUCAACAUCGCCUGGAUGAGGCCGAGCAACUGGCAAUGAAAGGUGGCAAGAAGCAAUUGCAGAAACUGGAGAGCAGGGUGCGUGAACUUGAAAAUGAGCUUGAAGCUGAACAAAAACGAGGCUCUGAUGCCAUCAAGGGUGUACGCAAGUAUGAGAGGAGAGUCAAGGAACUGUCUUACCAGACUGAGGAGGACAAGAAGAAUGUGUUCAGGCUUCAGGACCUGGUAGACAAACUGCAGCUGAAGGUCAAAGCCUACAAGAGACAGGCUGAGGAAUCUGAGGAACAAGCCAAUGUACAUAUGUCCAGGUUCAGGAAAACCCAGCAUGAGCUGGAAGAGGCUGAAGAGCGCGCUGACAUUGCUGAGUCCCAGGUCAACAAACUGAGAGUCAAGAGCCGGGAAAUCGGCAAGAAGGCAGAAGAGUAAAGAAACGGACCGAAAAGAAGAUAUUUACAAAGGAUGUUCAUAAAAUAUGAGCUGUGUUUGUAAAUAUGAAACCCACUUUAUAGUAUUCUUAUGCUCUAGAUGCAAAUAAAAAAUUAGUCAGUA